GACCCUCCUCGGACCCCAAGAAGCCCUCGCAGAGCCUUCCCCAUCAGCCCAGAGUUCCCCCCGCAGAGCCCAAGUGCCGCCGCUGUCGCUGUGCCCAGGCCCCCCGGAGCAUGGCCCGCUCGGCGCCCCCCGGCCGGGGCUGGGCCCCCGCGCCGCCCCCGCACCGCCUGCGCUCCCUGGCGCGCUCGUGGCUGGACGAGGACGCGCCCUGGCCGGACGCGGCGGUGGCGGCCGCGGGGGACAGCGCGACCCGAGCGGAGCUGCUCAGCAAGGGCGGGGGCGGCUCGGGGGGCGUCCUGGCCGGAGCCCCCUUGGCCGAGGCCGUUUUCGGGGUGUCGGGGUGCCGGCUCAGCUGGAGGGUGCCCGAAGGGGCGGCGCUGCCCCCAGGGCGGGCGGUGGUGGCCGAGGUGGAGGGUCCGGCCGCGGGGGUGCUGGGGGCGGAGCGGGUGGCCCUGAAUAUUUUGGGGCGCUGCAGCGGGGUGGCCUCGAUGGCCGCGAGGGCCGUGGCGGUGGCCCGGGCACAGGGCUGGGCGGGGGUGGUGGGGGGCACCCGAAAAACCACGCCCGGCUUUCGCUUGGCGGAGAAAUACGCGCUGGGGGUGGGGGGCGCCGACCCCCACCGGGGAGGUUUGGGGGGAUUCCUCCUGCUCAAGGACAAUCACCGAGCGCUGGCGGCGGCAGCGGGGGGACUCGAGCAGAUGAUUUUGGGGGUGCGCCGGGCCGGGGGCUUCACCCGCCGCUUGGGGGUCGAGUGCUCGAGUGCAGAUGAGGCUCUGGCAGCUGCAGGGGCAGGGGCUGACAUCGUCCUGCUGGACAACCUGGCCCCCCAGGAGCUGCACGAGGCGGCGGCGCAGGUCAAGGCCGCGCACCCCGGGGUGACAGUGGAGGCCAGCGGGGGGAUCGUUUUGGAGACCCUCCCCCAGUUUUUGGGGCCCCACAUCGACGUGGUGUCCAUGGGGUGUCUGACCCACAGUGCCCCUGCCCUGGACUUCGCACUGCGGGUGCUGGAACCCUAAAAUCCAUCCCGGGACCCUGAAAACCCACCCUAGGACCCCAAAAUCCAACCUGGGACUCCAAAAACCUACUCCAGAACCCCAAACCCAACCUGAGAUGCC